AUGUCGAUUUUCUUGCAAGUUGUAUGUUUCACAGUGACUAUUACUUUUAUUCAUGGACAACAAUACGUUAUUAAACGAGAUUUUCAGGCAUCUUAUCAGUUUAAUUCGUUUUCCGUAUUUACAAACGAUGAAUAUCAAGUACUUUAUCGUAUUGAAACACAAUAUUCAUUGACAUAUGCAGCAACUAUUAAAUCUAUUUUACCGCUGAACGAUUUUAUUAUUGUUGCACAUAUUGAUACAUUUCUUGGGUCGCAUAGAAUUUUUACUUUUCGUUUACUUAAUUCAUAUUUAGGCCGAUGGUUGGACGGACGUAUUUAUCAACGAACUAUGCUUAUUUAUGUUAUUGAACUUGUUAAUUUUGAAACGAUUAUUAUUGAAUUAUCACCACCACGUACACCGACGAUGUCAUCAUUAAAUAGUGUACGUUUUCGUGAUGGACGAAUAUCAAAUAGAGUCCUAGCAGAUUAUACAGAGCGAACACCAUGGCUAUCGAUAUAUGAUUUACGUUUAUUUAGUAAUGAGUAUCCAAUUGAACUGUAUCUUGUUGGUUUCGCUAUUGUACAAAGACGAAGUGAAAUUGUAUUUUAA